AUGGCUCUUUAUGAGGCUCUUAAUGGUAGAAGAUGUAGAUCACCUAUUUACUGGUUUGAGGUUGGUGAAGUCGAGUUGAUAGGACUAGAUUUGGUUCAUCAAGCAAUAGGGAAGGUGAAGAUUAUUCAGGAAAGGUUAAAAACAAAACAAAGUCGUCAAAAAUCCUAUACAAAUGUUAGCCGAAGAGACUUAGAUUUUGAGGUGGAUGCUUGGGUUUACUUUAAGAACUUUAUGGGUGAUCCUUCACUUAUUGUUCCUACUGAGAAUAUUGGUAUUAAGAACAACCUAUCUUAUGAGGAGGUGCCUGUUCAGAUUCUUGAUCGUUAG